AGCUUUGAUUUUGUAUUCUUGAUUUGGUCAUGGAAAGUAUCACGGAAGCUCAACAAAUGACAAAUGACUCAAAGAUUGAAGAGUUUGACAACGCAGAGCUUAGCAAGGAAGGGGUGACCGAUUUAGAUGAUGAAUAUCUCACAGAAGAGGAAAAGCUACAUCCUUGGCGUCAAACUCGCUCCUUCUAUUGGUCUGUGGUGGUUGCUUCUGUGGCUGUAUUGUUUUACGGCAUUGAUAUAACAGCAAUUAGUGGUGCCCAAGUUGGAUAUAUUCCUCAUUUUGGGAUAGGGGGCCGAACUUACCUUCAAGGAGUUCUUGUUUCUUGUAUUUACUUUGGUUGCUUUGUUGGGGUUUUCAUUGCUCUUUUCACGAAUACAUACUUUGGAAGGAGGUUUACCAUUUCUCUGGCAGCCGUCUUCUCAACUGGUGCAUGUAUCUGGGAAGCUGUAUCUCCUUCAUGGCAAGUAUUUAUUCCUGGUAGGAUUAUUCUUGGCUUUUCAUACGGGAUGAUUGGGGAAACAGCACCUGUUUACUUGGCAGAAAUGUCACCUGCUAGUAUCCGUGGGGCAAUUGUUUCUUUAUACCAGCAGGUUAUCACGAUUGGAAUCUUUCUUGCGUAUCUGUGCAAUCUCAUCUUUGUUUGGGUGAACUAUAAGAAUGUUGGCUGGCGUAUUAUGAUUGGUUUUCCUAUGGUACCAUCUGUUGUGGAAGUUUUCCUCAUUUGGACGGUUCCUGAAUCCCCAAGAUGGUUGAUAAAGAAGGGCAGAUAUGAAGAGGCGAAGAGAAACUUGUACAAGUUGCGUCUUACCUCAGAAACUGCUGAGAGAGACUUUGUUCGAAUUAAAAAGGGUGUUGAGGAGGAUGAACUUUUGCAGAAAGGAAAGAAUUUACUUGUUGAAGUAAUUCGUGUACCUUAUAUUCGUCGAGCUGUCCUUAUUGGAUGUAUGGAAAUGCUUUUCCAACAGAUGAGUGGCAUGAACGUAUUUAUGAACUAUAUUGAUGAAGUGUUCAAAGAGAAUAUUCAUAUGGGUUCAAGAGUGUCGGUUGCUGUCAGUUUAUUUCCAGGGUUCGUAAACAUGGUUGCUACAGUGAUUGUGUACUUCACUAUUGAUCGCUAUGGAAGAAGAACACUGCAAUUGGUCACUUUCCCUAUCAUGUUUCUUAUGUUAUUAAUGGUUUUAUUUUCUUUCUAUGGAGAUAAGAAAGUGAAUUUGGCAUUCUUUAUUAUUGGAGUUAUCUUCUUCAUUAUUGCCUACAGCCCGGGAGCUGGUCCGGUUCCUUGGACUUUUUGUGCUGAAGUAUUUCCUACUUAUGUACGUGCAGCAGGCACCACUAUAACCACGUUUGCUGUAAAUGCAUUUGACUUUGCACUUGCUUUUUCAUGGCCUUCUAUGAAAAAGGCAUGGGGACCUCAGGGAGGUUUCGGAUUCUAUGCUGGAUUCAACUUUCUUGGUAUUGUGAUGCAAUUCUUAUUUUUGCCAGAAACCAAGGGCUUUACCUUGGAACAAAUGAGAGUGGUAUUUGAAGAAGGUUUAUUUACUAUUGCAGGUUAUCACUGUCGUGCCGGAUGGAGAUCUUUACGCAAGUUGUUGGGACUUCCGGUUCCGGAUACACCUCUUGUCUCUCCUUAUGACAAAGCAUUUGCUUUGGAUCGGGCAAGAAGAGAAGAGGAGUUGUUGCACUCUGGUGAAGCCACCAAAUAAGGCUGCUUUGUCUUGUUUGAAAGAUGAAUGUGUGUGUGCCUACUUGCUUGAGUACUUUUUAUCGUGCGAAUAAACUUAAAGUUGCAAUU